AUUAUGCAAUAUUUCCUUCUUGUUCCUUUAAUUUUUCAUUUCUUAUGAUGCUAUCCAUAUAUGUCAUCUAUUUUACAGAAAGUAGCUGCUGAAGAUUUGGGAUGUACCGCGGGACCAAAUACUUUCACUGCCAUGCAAGAUGUUAUCAAAGUUAUGAAAAACAAGUAUCAGUUGCAACGUCCUGAAUCCAAAAUGCCAGAAUUCCAAGUGUUUUUCAACGAUCAAGCCUCCAACGAUUUCAACAUUCUUCAAAUCUCGUAUGCAUUGCCUUGGCUCUCUCAAGUACCAGAAGAAUUGUUGGAUAAACAAUCUGCAGCAUGGAACAAAGGAAGGGUUCACUACACAAACGCACCGGAUGAAGUAGUCAAUGCUUAUGCAUCUCAGUUUGGUAAGGACAUGAAGAAAUUUUUGGAUGCUAGAGCAAAGGAGAUUGUGGUAGGUGGCCGGAAUGAUGACCAUUAUUAUGCCUGUGAAGAUCAAGUGGAUUCCUUCAACCUGCCAAUGGAUGCUGCUUCCCCGGUAGAGAUGGCAGCUUUGGUAGAGAAAAAUGGGCAUUUCAGCAUUGAAAGAUCGGAGCUGACCAACACUGCUCCACAGUUGGAUGGUCCAAUUGACAUACCUGCUUGGGUAAUGCACGUUAGGGCUGCCAUGGAGGAAAUGUUCACUACACAUUUUGAAGAUGAGAUUAUCGUGGAAAUGUUUAAUCGAUUAGCUAACAAACUUUUGGAGUUAUCAGACGAGGUAGAAUCUAGAUUUUGGAAACGAACUCAGCUUUUACUUGUUUUAAUGCGAAAAUGAGUUGGGAUUUGAAGGUGACUACUUGAAUUGUUAAAAUUGAGUUGAGUUACUGCCUAAUUGAGAAGAAAUCAGGUAAAUUGUAACUUCAUAUUUUUCUUUUCGACUAUUCAAAAAAUUGCUUAGUCUCUCGAGUUGCUACUACUUUGAGUUUGAUGAUAACAAAACUUCCAAAAUUAA